AUGGGGUUUCGUGAACCCUGGGUCAAGAAGAGGCUGCACUGGCUCCCCGCUGCAGGUCCACCCGAACGGCAACCUCAUCGCCGCGGGCUACACAUCGUCCUCACUGGAUGGCUACACCAAUGCCGGUUCAUCCGAUGCUUUUCUCAUGAGCUUCGACAGCACCGGCACCUGGCAAUGGACCGUGCAGCGCGGAGGCUCCAGGGUGGUUCCUGCAAGUUCAGUCUGAGUCCACCCGAACGGCAACCUCAUCGCCGCGGGCUCCACAGAUUCCUGGCUGGAUGGCUACACCAAUGCCGGUUCAUCCGAUGCUUUGCUCAUGAGCUUCGACAGCACCGGCGCCUGGCAAUGGACCGUGCAGCGCGGCUCCGACAUGGAUCGCUUCCGUGCCCUGCAGGUCGACUGGAACGGCAACCUCAUCGCCGCGGGCGGUACAUCUUCCUCGCUGGAUGGCUACACCCAUGCCGGUUCAGAAGAUGCUUUGAUCAUGAGCUUCGACAGCACCGGCGCCUGGCAAUGGACCGUGCAGCGCGGAGGCUCCAGGGUCGUUCCUGCAAGUAG